AUACACGAAAUUUUCACGGCAGAGUGCGAAAUUCUUAUACCCACUCACAGUUACUCUAAAAUGAUUUUUCUCGAUCAAAAGGUACAUCGAAGUCCUAAAAAUUAAAUAGCGACGUUUAUACCUUCGGAAAAAUGAAGCCACUCCACUCUCAAAGAAGCAGCCUCAAUCUUCGGGAUACGUUCGGAAUUUGGCGCUUGUCGUAGAAUAGUCGGGAUACCCGAUGAUUGGAAAGAAAAUGGCGGUGGUUGGGAGGCAAAAUCAAGUUGAGUACUUUUUGCAAGGAAGCGUAGGAAAGGAAUCUGUGAACACUCUGCUGCACAGACUCAGAGGAUUGUGUGAUGGGGCAUCUCGGCAGUCUGCGACGUUUGUGGAUCAUGAAAUGCUGUGUACACUUGGUAGUCCUGGCAGCAAUGUUUCUCUUAGGGCACGGCACUCCCUAGAUGAUCCAAAAGCCCCAUGGCAACUUCGUUAUGUUGGUCAAAGUGAAAUGGGCGAUAAAAGUCGGAGCACAUUGCUACGUAGCUGUGUGGAGGUAUCAACAAGUGAUAAUCUGACAACUUUCCUCAAAGAACUUGGAUUCAGGUUUGAAAGUGAAUUUGUCUUGAAGGGAUAUUAUUUUGUUAAAGGACACAUGCGCAUCACUGUUAGUCAAGUUUGCAGAGUUGCCAGUGUUAAUGAUCCACAGUCAUGCCAACCCAUUUCAGAUUCGUACCUUGUUGAGAUCAGCCUUUUGACCACAGUUCAACAGGACACUAUGGCUGAAGAGAUCAAAGCAUUUGCAGAACACCUGAAGCCUCUUGUUCACCUGGAGAAAAUUGACCACAGGAAACUGCAAAUGACAUAGCAUAGGAAAAGUCUGAUAUCUGGUACUUUCUGAUAACAAGUACUUGCUGGACUGGUAAUCAAUCAUGGAUCAUCCAGAUGUCUCGCAGCACAUGGUAGCACCAUUCCCAAAUGGAGUUGACAUUUUGGCAUGGAGAAAUUCUGGGGGAGCAUUUCAUUGCACAUCCUUUGUGUCAUGUUUGGAAAGAGAGCUUUCCCAAAAUGAUAAAACAGUGUUUGAUCAUCAAAAAGGACAAGCUGUGGAAAGAGCAUAAAACACUCUUGACUCAUCCAAGGAAGAUGAGGAACAGUCUCAAGUCUGAAAAAAGAAAACAGAACAGAACAAGAUUCAAGUUACUGUUUAUGACCAUAAGUCGCUGAGCUUUGUGUAUUAUUGCAAUUAAUUUGGUAUUAGGGAUCA